GUCGGCCUCUCAUUGCCGACACCAUUAUACCACGACCGGCCUCUCGGCUCGGCGUGCUUAUCUUUUGAAGACCGGCCUCGUCCCCGCCCUCGCGGACGAGGACCGUUGCUUGAUUUUCUCAGAUCGGCCGCUCAUUGCCGACACCAUUAUACCACGACCGGCCUCUCGGCUCGGCGUGCUUAUCUUUUGAAGACCGGCCUCGUCCCCGCCACCUCGCGGAUGAGGACCGUUGUUUGAUUCUUUCAGGUCGGCCUCUCACUGCCGACACUAUCAUGUUAUGUUCGGCCUCUCGGCACGACAUAUUUAUCUUUUGAAGACCGGUUUCAUCCCCGCGUUGCGUUGGAUGAGAGCCGUUGCUCGGAUAUAUCGGCCUGACCGGACACUAUUGCCAUCUCCAUUAUCAGGACCGACUGCUCAGCGACAUUGUGAUCAUUGUAUAUCGGCUCCCAAUGCCGACCCUCUUGAGUUAGCGAUCGGGCUCACCCCUCCCUUCAGGAGGGUGACCAUCGCCUUCGCAUGACGACCAGCUAUUCUAUCGCCUCGUCGUUAUAUUUGUUCGCCAUGCCACCACCAUUAUGUGUGACAUCCCGUGAUCCCUGCGAGUUUCUUGGAUACCGAAUGUCUUCUUCGAUGUAGGAAGAUCGGUAGGACCACGGACCAGGGACGGACAAAGAAGAGCUAGGGAAUCUCGAUGUAGAUAAACCUGUUCCUCCUUGCGAGUUUCGCGGAUACCGAACGUCUCUUCGAAGCAAGAGCGCCGGUAGGACCAAGAACCAAGGACGAACGAAGAAUAUAGAUUGCCUCCCUCAAAAAAAAAAAAAAAAAAAAAAAGAUGGGGAGAAGAGGAGGGUAGCUCCUAUGUGGAAGGGAAUCUUGCCCGGGCGUGCCAGAUCUUCUCCCACCGCCGAAGACGAACGCCCCUCGAUGUAGAGGUUAGUAGAGACGCGGAGGGGGCUAGACGAACCAAGGGAGCCUUGCCAAGAUAAACCUGUUUAUCCCACAAAUGACCAUGGAUCGAUGGACGUGGGAUAACAAAGACGGGAACCCGUGAGGGUAGACCAGUUCGUCCCUGCGAGUCCUUGGGUACCGAACGUCCUCUUCGAAGCAAGAGACGUCGGUAAGGCUAAAAGGACCACGGACGAACGAAAAAAGGGGGGAAUCUCGAUGUAGAUAAACCUGUUCCUCCUUGCGAUGUCGGCGGACACCGAACGUCUCCUCGAAGUAGGGACGCCGGUGGGACCAGGGACCAAGGACGAACAAAGACUAAAAGACUCCAAAAAAAAAAAAAAAAAAAAAGAAAGAUGCCAGAAGAGCACGGAGCAAAGAAUGAUUUUAUCCCUCGGCGCUAUUGGCCGGGAAGUACAAACUGAAAAACAUAUGUAAAAGAAUAAUUACAAAACUUAAGUACGAAGAAUGAGGUGGCCGACGACGAUCGGCUAACAUCAGGUUUUCUUUUGUCUUAAACGACGAAUACCAGCUCCCCAGAUCAGGUAGGAGGGACAUCGCCCGGAUUUAUUUCAGGCUCACCAUUCCUUCCCGGAUGGAGUCCUGGCAGACGAUCGGCUUCUCACAGCCAAUCAGGAGAGAGACUUGACACAUCACCAGCACGGCCGAGGGCCGCGAGAGGCCGAGGGCCAUGAGAUGAUCAUCACUAUUUUUCUGUAUCACGAUCGGCCCCUCAGCGCCAUCGUGUUCAGAUUCACGGUUCGGUUCGCUCAUUCCCUCCAGGAUGGCGGCGACCGUCUUAUGCAGCACGAUCGGCUUCUCAGCGCCAUCGUGUCUCUUUCACGUUCGGAUCGCCCCAUUCCCUUUAGGAUGGCGACGACCGUCUUAUGUGGUACGAUCGGCCCCUCAGCGCCAUCGUACCCAGCUCACGUUCAGCUCGUCCAUCCCCUCCAGGGUGGCGACGAACGUCUUAUGCAUCACGAUCGGCUUCUCAGCGCCAUCGUGUCUCUUUCACAUUCGGCUCGCCCAUUCCCUUCGAGGAUGGCGACGAACGUCUUAUGUAGUGCGAUCGGCCCCUCGGCGCCAUCGUACUUGGCUUCACGGUUCGGCUCGCCCAUUCCCUCCAGGAUGGCGACGACCGUCUUAUGCAGCACGAUCGGCUUCUCAGCGCCAUCGUGCCUCCAUUCACGUUCGGCUCGCCCAUUCCCUUCGAGGAUGGCGACGAACGUCUUAUGUAGUGCGAUCGGCCCCUCGACGCCAUCGUACUUGGCUUCACGGUUCGGCUCGCCCAUUCCCUCCAGGAUGGCGACGACCGUCUUAUGCGGCACGAUCGGCUUCUCAGCGCCAUCGUGUCUCUUUCACGUUCGGAUCGCCCCAUUCCCUCCAGGAUGGCGACGAACGUCUUAUGCAGUACGAUCGGCCCCUCAGCGCCAUCGUACCCAGGUCACGGUUCGGCUCGCCCAUUCCCUUUAGGAUGGCGACGACCGUCUUAUGUGGUACGAUCGGCCCCUCAGCGCCAUCGUACCCAGCUCACGUUCAGCUCGUCCAUCCCCUUCAGGGUGGCGACGAACGUCUUAUGCAUCACGAUCGGCUUCUCAGCGCCAUCGUGUCUCUUUCACAUUCGGCUCGCCCAUUCCCUUCGAGGAUGGCGACGAACGUCUUAUGUAGUGCGAUCGGCCCCUCGGCGCCAUCGUACUUGGCUUCACGGUUCGGCUCGCCCAUUCCCUCCAGGAUGGCGACGACCGUCUUAUGCAGCACGAUCGGCUUCUCAGCGCCAUCGUGCCUCCAUUCACGUUCGGCUCGCCCAUUCCCUUCGAGGAUGGCGACGAACGUCUUAUGUAGUGCGAUCGGCCCCUCGACGCCAUCGUACUUGGCUUCACGGUUCGGCUCG